CCUCGUCUCCUUGCUGAUAAGGGACUUCAUCAUCUUCCUUCCUAGCAAACUCUCUUCAUACAUUUAACAAUCUUCGUAUAAUUUUAAGAAAACAUGGAGCAAACCCAAGAAAGGGUUGUUAAAUGGGGAAAAAAGAUCGAGAAAAUGCCGCAUCUUGUACAUUCCGGUCGACUCAUCUUUGCAUCUGCGUUCAUCGUGUCUGCUUGGAGAGAGUCUUCUGGAUUCGACCUUAAUGGUGGAGUAGCUGCCGAUGAGUUAAAACCAAAACUUGGUUUUUUUGAGAACCAGGCAAAAUACAUAGUUGCUCUUGGUAUAGCGAUUAAGGUACUUGGAGGGAUCUUUUUCAUCUUCAACGCCUACAUAGGAGCUUUGCUCUUGCUUGUAUACCAAGCCAUUUUGACCCCCAUAUUGUACGAUUUCUACAGUCGCAAAUUUGAUAGAGAUCAUUUCACCAUUUUCUACAGAAAGUUCAGAAUGUUUGUGAACGAGACGAUGUCAGCUGAUGAUGGAGUGGCCAUGAGCCUAUAUACCUCCAUAGUUAAUGAAGAAUCGCACCAGAAAUUCACCGAUCAGCUUAACGAAAUUGCAAGACUAGCCAUCUCGAACCCUCUGUUCACACCGAGCGAGUUUAACACAUUGUUCAUGAGGUUUAUUAAGGGCGUUGGAAUAGUAGCUGCAUUGGCGUUCUUCAUUGCGAUGAAACAUAGACAUGAGGUUCUCAUCGAGAAGUCUUCCAAGAAGCAAAAAAACUAACUGAGCCAAUUGGUUCAAUCAAACAAGAUACAUAUCUCUUUGUUUUUUUCCAAUAAUUUUUAGUGUAAUUUUAAGUUUUUGUGAUGCUUUUCUUUUGGCUAUGAAUAAAAUAGCAAGUAUUUGAUUAUGAUGUGGUAUUUUCAUUUGCCGGACAAGUUAAAUAGCUUAAUUCAUUAUUCUUUUUUUCUA